AUGCCAUGCCAAAGUUCUUCAUCUUCAGUUCAUGACCUGCACAUUCAUACAAAAAAAAUCCAAGUCAAUACAAACAAUCAUGCUGUUGAACAUUAUAAAAAGACCGGCUACCCACUUGCUGUAAAGCUUGGGACUAUUACUGCUGAUCUGGAAACAGCAGAUGUUUUCUCUUAUCCGGAGGAUGAGAAUAACUCGACCAAAAUACCAAUUUUGAAUGGAAUAGAAUCCAAGAAGGUGGGACAGGUGAAGUGUCUUAAGCAUCUCAAGGUACCUGAUGAAACAGAACUAGUGGAUGAUGAUGGACAAAACAAAUCUCUUCUGAUGAAGACAAAUGGAUAUCUUGUGAAGGAGCCCGAACAAAUCUCUCCUGGUGGGAUAAGUGAAGUGUCUUCUGAGCAUCUCAAGGUACCUGAUGAAACAGAACUAGUGGAUGAUGAUGGACAAAACGAAAGAGAAGGCAGCCUAGACUGCUCCCGUUCUGAUGACGCGACCAGUGAGGUUGAUGAUUAUAUGGAUGCAUUAGCUACCAUAGACUCUGAGUUGGAAAUAGACAAUGAGUGUGGGCCUAAGAAAAGCUUCUUGAAUGUUCAAAAGGUAAUUGAUUCAAAUGGUGAAGAAGAACACCAGCUGCAAGCUCCAUUUUCAGAUUCUCAAUCAUUUGGAGACUCGUCAUUAUCUGAGGAAAUGAGUUCAUUUGAACAAGAUAGAAGUGAAGAGAAUAAUGAAGUGCAAGCUCAGCUGCCAGACUCUCGGUCAGCAGGAACCCCCUGUGCAUCAGAUGAUGAUAAUCGUUCAUUCAGAAAAGGUAGAAUUGAAGAACAUACUCAACUGCAAGCCCAGUUAUCAGAUUUUCAAUCUAUUGGAAAUUCCUCACCAGAAACUAAAAACAUGCCUUCCGACCAGCUUUCACAAGCUGUUGAAUUGCAAAAAAAUUAUGAUGAGUUUGUCACACAUGAUGAUGCACACGAUCUUAGGCGAGAAAUAUCUGAUUCUGGACCAGUUUCUUCUGGUUCAUGUCCCGUGGAUUCAGAAUGUUUACUAUUGUCUUCAGAUUAUGGAGCUAAAGAUACCUCACUAGUGUCCUUACCCACAAGGACUCUAUCAGAUAACACACCAGAUGUUCCUGUUGAACAUUUAAGAUUAGAAGAUGAUGAAGACACCAUCUACCCAAUAAAAGAUGAUACUCUCCCAGUUGUUGAUUUUGACAACAAUUCUUUGAACUUGGAUGUCUGCAAUCCUCAUGUCCAUUCCCAUACUCUGUUACAAGUUUCCAAUGAUUUAAAUUUAGCCCAUGAAGGCGAAUGUGGUGGUCACUCUGACAUCGAAGUGAUGCAGGAAGAAUCUCUUAAUGAGUACUGUUCUGAACUAUCAGUUGUUGGAGACAUUGGUUCACGAGGGGAGGAUCCCAUUUGUCUGCCCAUGGAAUUAGACCUUAAUUCGGGCACUAAACUGCAGCUUGACGACUGGGACUUACAAUCUAAUAGUGAUGUUAAAGCAAUGCAACUUGACUCAGAAGAUUUGUUUCCUGUUGUGGAGACUACCAUAGAGAAUAGCUUUGCAGAGGAACUAUUUUCUAAAUUUAUACACGGAAAUCCUCAAGAUGAACCAGAUUCAGCUUUCAAAUUUAGAAGAGAUGAUGAUAUCAUGGUAAAUGAUAUAUUCCCUGUAAAAGUUAUGUCCAAAGAUCUGGCUGUAUCUGUUAUUCCUUCUCUUGAUAACGCUGAAACUGAUACAAGUAUUGUUAAUUGUCAAGCUUCAAAUUCUAUUUUUUCCCCAUCAAUGAAUCCUUCAAAUUUACUUGAAUCUUUCCCAGCUUCUCCAGAUUCCAAUAGGAUGGAAAUGGGAUCCAAUGAGGUAGAGUUGACAAAAUUUUCCACAGAUUUGAAUGUAGAGAAGAGGGAAAAUCAACUGGAACCAUUUGCAUAUAUAACAUCCCCUCUAACAGAUUUUCCAGCUCAUCUCUUAACUACCGUAACACAACUUCCUCUAACAGCCUAA